AGUAUGUAUCAAUGUGUUGAAUUGAAUCUGUGGAUGAAUACUGACGAGUGAUGACUAGGUCAGGUACUAUAGCUGGUAUCUAAAAUACGCGCUAAAGAUGUGCUUCUGCUUCGAUGAAAUGGAAUACUGGGUGGAGGUGGACGAGCGAAGUCCUACGCUAUACCGCAGACGAGAGCAGCGUGCAGAUAGCUCAUCGCUCCCUCCCAACGUUUACCAGCAAGGACACCGGCCAAUCGACCUGAAAAGACAGUAUAAUACCACCCUUCAGACCCGUCGUCAGCAGUAUACUGGGGACAUUCCACAGAAGCGCGGUAUGUAAUGCAAGUACUCAAAGUGAUCGGGCUGACGAAAGCAGUUCACCUAGUCCCAAAGAGUGAGCUCUUGGAGCUGGGCAAAGAGGCCUGGCUUGAGCGCCGCAGAAAACAAGCGCAGCUCCAAGAAUCUUGCAGACAACUCAUGGAACGCCAAGAAAAAGAUGAAGAGUCUCGUCAAGCUCAAUGUCAGCCAGGAGAGAAUACCCGACAGCAUAACACGUCCUCAUACCAGUACACCAACGGCCAACCUGCUGUCCGUAGGUUAGCAACAUAUUCUGCCAGAUACCUGUACGGUCCUACUGCCGACAGAGUAGAACCAAGAAUGAAUGCAGUCGUCGACUAUGAUAGAUCAAAAGACAAAUAUCCUGGCAGAAGCCAAUGGUAUGGCACAGCGCCUAAGAGUGGUACCGAUGUCCACCCGUUCUCAUAUUCACCUAUGACGGGCUACCACGACCGAGCAUAUGAGGCCUACCAGGCUCAUGAUCACGCCCAAGCGAGGGUUAACGGGACUUAUUGGUAAGGCAAUGUCGAAUCUCAUCUUCUGGCGAGCAAGGCCCGGAACAUACUUGUCUCCAGAUGUGUCGGUUAUCCAAAUGUACUUUAUUUAUGUUUGCGCUUCUUUUGCUUUUUAUCGUCGCCCAUCGUCGAAUGUCUUCCACCGGAGAUGCUUGUAAGUUGUGACAAUUUGACGCGAUGUGGCUUGUUGCUUUCCUUCUUAAUCAUCGCAUCAACAUCAUCAUCAUCGGACUCGGCCUCGGUUUCACCAGUCGCGGUCUUCUUCUUUCGUUUGAAAUUGCCGUAUGCUUGUCGGCCACCGACAGCCAUGUCAUCGUCGUCUGCAUCCAGCGAGCCAUCCGCGACAAUGAAUGGCGGCGGCGCAGCAUACUGAGCAAC